CAGCUAGCUGCAAUUUCAGAAAACAGUGUAUGGCUACCUAACAACCUUCUUCGAAGUGCCAAAGAAAGUGCAAGAUCGUAGUGAUCGGAAAAAAAAAAACUUGAAAGGACAAAGACAUGGAUGAGGACGGACUGCCUAUAGUUGGAUCAGGAGUAGAUCUGACUAAGGUUCCGGCGAUCCAGCAGAAGAGAAUCGUUGCGUUUCUCAACCAGUUUAUUGUGCACACGGUCCGGUUCCUCAAUCGGUUUUCUACCGUCUGUGAAGAGAAACUGGCUAGUGUAUCUCUUCGCAUUCAGCAAAUUGAAACCACUCUCAGCAUUCUGGAAGCAAAGCUGUCCUCCAUUCCGGGUCUGGAGGAUGUGAGAGUUGAGGGGGUGGGUCAGAGGCAGGUUGCAGACUCCAACGGUCCAGCGAUGAUGCCGAGCCAACCACAACCCUCAGCAGCUGCGUCACUUCCUGAGGAGCCACCAGAGCAGCAACAACAGACAGAGGCAGUCACAGAGAAUGUUCUGACAGUGGCCAAAGACCCACGUUAUGCCAGAUAUUUGAAAAUGGUGCAAGUGGGUGUUCCAGUCAUGGCUAUAAAAAAUAAGAUGAUCCUGGAGGGCUUGGAUCCCAGCCUUCUGGACACACCCAAUGCUGCCGUUCCCGAUGUGGUGAAGAAGAACGGGCAGGAGGCGGAUGAUGACAGCACCAGCAGUGAAUCGUCUUUCAGCGACUGACCGCCCCUCCCCUCCCCUCCCCUGGUAGCAAAUCAUCAAUAGGCAACUGACCCCUCCCUCCCUUACAGGCAGACUUGAGAAUGAGAUGUACUGGGGUCCUACAGUGGGACCAGAUACCAGUGUGAGUGACAGGCAGAAAAAUAAGGGGCAACAGACAGGAAGACCCACCUCCGUUGAAGACUCAGUGGUUAGGAUUGGGUCUACCAACAGAACAUCUUAAAUAACCUCUUUUAAAGCCAGGAAGUAGGUCUUACAGCUCAGUAGGACAGAGAUAUUAAGGUGAUAAAAGAGCAGACAUGUACAUUUGCACUUAUGUUUUUGUGAACUGUUGAUCAUUUCCAUAUUGGUGUGCAAAACCACAUUUUCCCACAUUUACGUAUGUUUGUAAUGAAUUUGCUGCCGUUGUAUAUGCAGGGUUAGUUCCCUAAAUUGCACAACAUAGCUGCUGUAAUAUUCAGCGUAAGCAAACUUUUCAGCUCUCUGACCUCACAGAGAGACAUGACCUGAAUUUUUCUAUUGCAAGUCAUGGGGAGGUGCUGCCUCUUUAAAGGCAAACUUGUGAUCUCCCCCCUGCCUUAAAAAAAAGUUCAUUGCUGCAUGUCCGGCAAUGGAUGCCAGUUCCCACAGGAGGCACCUGAUUGGAUCAUUUAUGUGACUGGGCACAGGGUUAUAUAUAUGCAGUACUGUCCAGGGAAGAAUGCAUGUCUCCCAAAGGCUAAAUGCAGGUUUUUAGUGUAAGUAAGUGGUCUUGGAUAGCUAACAAUGCCCAGAAAAUGUUGAGAAUGGAAACCACACUCUGUCAAAUACAGUGAUAAUACAAUUAACAGCAAUCACAUAAAUCAUCCAAUCGGCAAAGGCACCAGGCACCCAGCCUGUGAUACGGUGUCUGCUAUUGGACGUUCAGUAACUGCAAAUAACAUCUGAAGUGUGUUCUCCAUAAACUGUAGCUCAGUCCAUAUGGCCUUUCUCGGUGCUUGAAUGGGGGAAGGUGGAAAUAUAUGCACUAAUCUGUUCUAAUUCUACUCUACAGAGAGAAAGGACUUGUAUAUAUUAUUAUGUGGUCAGCAUUUCUCUGUAGAUUUUGCUGUAACAUUGAUUAUUAGACAGGGCUUCCUUAUUGACAUGAAUAAUCAUGAAGUUGUUUAAAGCUGAUUUUCUUUAUCAAGGCACAUUCACAUUGAUGUGUGAAAUUAAUAUUGCCUUACUGGAUUGUCAGUCAUUUUUUUUGUUUGUUUUUA